GGGGCGCUGCGCUGCAGACUCUCGAUGUGAGAAUCAGUCGGUGGUCUGUGAUGUGAGCAUUCAAGUCGUAAUGGCGACUGGAGCAGCUACGACAGGGGCCGGUCGCAUCCGAAAAAUGGCUCCUGCAGAGAUGCCUGGCUCUUCAGGCACAACUCAGAGUAUGAAGAAAACUAUUGGACACCGGGGUGUUGAGACCACCACGGGGGAGACCACCUAUAAAAAGACCACAUCCUCUGCCUUGAAAGGUGCCAUUCAGUUGGGCAUUGCUCACACAGUUGGCAGUUUGAGCCAAAAAGCAGAGAGGGACGUUCUCAUGCAGGACUUUGUUGUGGUCGAAAGCAUCUUCUUCCCCAGUGAAGGAAGUAACUUGACACCAGCUCACCGCUACAGCGAUUUUCGUUUUAAGACCUAUGCUCCUAUUGCCUUUCGUUACUUUAGAGAACUCUUCGGUAUCCGACCUGAUGACUACCUGUAUUCUUUAUGUAAUGAGCCUCUGAUUGAGCUUUCUAACCCUGGAGCCAGCGGAUCCGUCUUCUAUGUCUCUAGUGAUGAUGAAUUCAUCAUCAAAACUGUUCAACACAAAGAGGCAGAGUUCCUUCAGAAAUUGCUGCCUGGAUAUUUCAUGAAUAUAAACCAAAACAAGCGAACCUUACUACCCAAGUUCUACGGCCUUUACUGCGUCCAGGCAGGGGGUAAAAAUAUACGUAUUGUUGUGAUGAACAAUCUACUGCCUCGGAUCAUCCCCAUGCACCUCAAAUACGACCUUAAGGGCUCUACGUAUAAGAGACGAGCAUCGCCGAAGGAAAGAGAAAAGGUUGUGCCAACUCAUAAGGAUCUGGAUUUUGUCCAGGACUUACCUGAUGGCCUGCUACUUGAAGCGGACAACUACAAUGCCUUGAGCAAAACGAUACAGAGGGACUGUUUGCUCUUGCAGAGUUUCAAGAUCAUGGACUACAGUCUGUUGAUGGGCAUCCACAAUAUGGACCAAGCCAGCAGAGAGAGGGAGCGUGGUGGAGCCUCUUCAGGAGACAGUGGGGGUUCUGAGGGAGCAGUAACCCCUGAUCAGCGUCGACCACAAGCUCAGAAGAGUCUCUACUGUACAGCAAUGGAGUCCAUUCAGGGUGAAGCUCGAGGGAAAGGAGCACUGGAUUCAGGAGACAAUAUGGGUGGAAUCCCAGCUCGUAAUACCAAAGGAGAGAGAUUACUGAUUUACAUCGGUAUCAUUGAUAUUCUCCAGUCCUACAGAUUUAUUAAGAAGUUGGAGCACUCUUGGAAGGCUUUGGUUCAUGAUGGGGACACAGUGUCAGUUCACAGACCUGGAUUCUAUGCAGAACGUUUUCUGCACUUCAUGUGCAACACAGUGUUUAAGAAAAUUCCAUUAAAACCAUCACCAUCUAAGAAGAGUCGUGGUGGAGGUCAGGGAGGACUGAGGAGGGCCCCAACCCUUGGAACACACACUCCUCUGUCUCAUGCAGUCGGACACUCAGCUUUUGACUCGAGAGUGGUCUACCAUGGCCACUUGAAGAGCAUAGAUUCAGAAACGGACAGUGGCAUCCAGUUGGGCAGGCCAGAUUUGGUCCCAAGAACCCCCCCACCAGAGGAAAACCCUGCUGACUGUGAGGCCAACCCAUCCAGCUCAGCACAAGGCAGCACGGGCCUCGUCUCCACCUCUCCUCCCUUACAGUCUGUAGGAGUGGAAGUGCACAAAUCACAAGGCACAGAUAACGACCAAGGGGCUUUUCGCAGUAUGGGACCAGAAGGACCUGGGGAGAAUUCAGGCAACCUUUCUGGAAAUGAAGAUGUAGUGUCUCUGUCAGACAUUGUCCCGGAAACCAACAUCUGCUUUUAAGAACGAAAGCUAUGCCCAUCUAAAGAUGAAGUAUUUCUCGAAGAGAUGAAGUGGGCCCAUGUCAGGAAGAAGAGAGUGAAAAUUAUGCCAGGACAGCAGACUUCCACUGCACAUCUGUUUUCUCACCCGGGAACACCGGGGUCGCUGGAUGAAGCAGUUGGAUGCAGUGCGGUUUGCAGAUUUGAGCAAAUCAGUUGGUAGGAACAUCGUAGAGGAGACUUCGCUUGGCCGUAGGUUUUGGCAGUUAGCGAUGCAGUCUAUUGCUGCUUGUUAAAUAACUGUUACAUUGCUGUGUCCACAUUUUUAUUAGUACUUCUUCCAAAGUGAUCAUAAGCAUGUUUAAAAGUAAAUAAAUAAAAAGUGUCCCAGCCCUGAAUUGGCAGCUCUUGUACAGCCCCAGCAUUUUUAUAUUGAUUAAUAGUAGUUUUUUAAGUACUGGUAGGCAGAACUUGACGUUCACCGUUUGUCUGCUGUGGCGACAUAAUUCUGCAAGACUGAUGUGCAUGUAAUGAGCAGCCCAAGUCAUAGUCACCUGCGAAUGCUCAUGGCUGAGCAGAGCAGUUAUUACAAAAGUUCUUCAGCUGUAGUUUAUUGUAGGAAGAUGAUGAGUUUUCUAUAUGUGCAGAAUUUCAUUUGUCACUGCUGUACUUGUUCAAGGUUUUUUUUUUUUGUUUUGUUUUGUUUUUUUGUGCCAUUGCACUACAAAUUCUCUAUUUCAUCAUUUCCACACCCAAGUAUUGACACUAAUAUAUUAUUUUUCUAGUACGUGUAGCACACGUAGUAACUGAGCCACUGUGAUGAGACAUUUCCCCCAGGUAUGGAAGUACGGGGUGGAAAGUGUCUCAAUUGCAGUACAGCAUCCUGCACCAACAAACUGUGUAUCUUAUCUACUUCGGCUGUUUCUCGCUCCUACGGGUGCAACAGAUCACAAAACAUAUGGAUCGAAUUAGAUCAGAUCAUUUUACAAGUAAGGAAUUUUUGCCAAUGGUACUGAAUGAAAAUAAGAUGUCUAAUGCGUAUAAUACUUUAAAAUAAGAGGUGCUUUGACAGCACACACUUCCAUCAACAUUUCAGUAAAUAUUUUAACCACAGGGUCUUAUAAAGAGAAAGCUGAGGGAGAACGAAAAUACAGGAAUUUCCUCAUGCUGUAUUUCCCUUGACAUAAUGAGAACAUUUAUUUGACACAGCUCAUGGCACUGCACCACAUGAUUCUUCCAUCCAGCUAGAGCCUGGCCGUGGCAAGCCCUCCUCAGCAGAUGAACAGCCCCCCUUUCCAACUGAAACUCAUUAGAUUCCCAGAUUCUGUGUCCCAGAGCCCACUUGGUAGAAUCAAGACUGCAUGAGGAAAACUCUGUACCCCCCAAUUCUUGAUAUUUCACAGUGAUCCUUUCUGUGCUUUGACCCUGACAAGUGUUGAGGUUGCACUUUGCUGUCUUGAGUAGAGCACAAAGCUGCAGAGGCAGCCUGAUUUUAAUGCUCUGUUCACCUGAGCACACAACUGCUUUGAUUUUACUGCAUCUUUGCAGCAAGAUUUGCGCAACUAUUACUUUAAAAACAAGCCACUGUGACAAUAAAUCUGUAUUUCACACAAAAAAUUUUAACUUCAUAAUCUGCAGUUGAUACGAAUGCUGAAAUGUGGGCGGUGGUCCCAUAUACAGUCCAUUACACCACUAAUCACUCCAUUUAUCAUUUAUCUCGCUAACGACAAUGGACUUUCAUUCCAGGUGCUAACUGUUAGCACUUGAUAUAAUCUGAUGGUUGUCCCACAAUGUUUUCUCGGUUGCUUCUCUUUAUUGUAUUUUGUUAUAACUAACAUUAAAUCUGUUUCUUACAUGCAUUGUUUAAAAAGCGUUCCAACAAAGUGUUGAUAAUCUUCUGGUUUUUUUAAAAAAAAGACAAUUUACAGAAUUGUUGCUUGGUAGCGUUAGUCUGAUUUGAUAGUGUUCUCCUGCUGCCUUUAGUUUAAAAUGCUUUUAUUGUUAAGCUCAUUCAGGAAGUGAUGAAUGUGUAUCAGUUGUGACUUGACAAAGCUUUUAUUCUUUGCAGCACUUAUUUUCAGCACACUUAAUGAAGGUUAGUGUGUGUGGUGAUUGCUGGAUGCAGAAUGGUGCUGCUGGUUUGUACUACACCAUAGCACAAGGAAACAUCUCCCCCUUUGGUGUCUAAAGGGCGGCACUUCAGUGUAGACACUACAGUAUAUACAAACAAACUAAUGCAAUAUGAACCAUAAUCUACCACAUUUCAGUUUUAAGAAGUAUAUUUAUUAAUGUUUGUUGUAGAGUAAAAUGAUGAAGUUGUAUUAUGUACCUUAGAUGAUUGUAUGUUUACUGACAGAAGGAUGUCUGAAGUAUUUUUGUUCAUUACAUAUAGGGAGGAAGGGAGGAUAUGACAAUUUCACAUUUUAUAUUUCAAUUUCAGAAUUGUGACAUGUAAAAUCUUUUCUGUCCAUGAUUGUUUUUUUUUUGUUGUUCUUUUUCAUGCUUUUCUACAAGGCUUAUUAGACAGUGUUGCCGAUUGUCCUAUAUGCUUCAAUUACUAUAUUUUUAUGGUGUAUAAAAUGUGUAUAUGUACAUAGGAGUCACAGAAUUGCCUUCUCAUGCAACAUGCUGCCUGUUCUUCCUGCCAUCAUGUUUUAGUUAUGUGGUGGUGAUGUUUUUCAUCGCUGUUUUCAAAGAAUUAAACAUAUUUUCUAAAUCUUG